AUGACGGACAACGCCAGCUCCAGAGUGGACACGCCGACCAACAUCUCCCUGAGCUCCAGCAUCUCCGAGUCUCUGGAGUACAAGACGGUGUCGGUGUUCCUGGUCCUGCUGGUCUGCUGCAUGGGCAUCGUGGGGAACAUCAUGGUGGUCCUGGUGGUCCUGACCACGCGCCACAUGAGGACGCCCACCAACUGCUACCUGGUGAGCCUGGCCAUCGCCGACCUGACGGUUCUGGUGGCGGCCGGGCUGCCCAACAUCUCCGACAGCCUCACCGGAACCUGGAACUUUGGACACGCCGGCUGCCUGGGGAUCACGUACCUGCAGUACCUGGGCAUCAACGUGUCGUCCUGCUCCAUCACCGCCUUCACCGUCGAGAGGUACAUCGCUAUCUGCCAUCCCAUGAAGGCUCAGACGGUCUGCACGGUGUCGCGGGCCAAACGGAUCAUCACCGGCGUUUGGAUCUUCACCUGCGUCUACUGCAUGCUGUGGUUCUUCCUGGUGGACAUCCAGGUCGGCGAGGACGGACACCAGCAGUGCGGCUACAGAGUGAAGCGAGAGCUCUACCUGCCCAUCUACCUCAUCGACUUCGCCAUCUUCUACGUCAUCCCGCUGCUGCUCGCCAUCGUGCUGUACGGCCUCAUCGCACGAGUACUCUACCUCAGCCCGCUGCCCAACCAGCCGGACGGCGGCGCCACCACGCUGCGCCGGAGCUGCCGCGAGCCGCCCGAGGCCGCCAAAGGAGGCCGGCAGGGUCGGCCGAAGAGCGCCGCGUCCUCCAGGAAGCAGGUGACCAAGAUGUUGGCCGUGGUGGUGAUCCUGUUCGCUCUGCUCUGGAUGCCCUACCGGACUCUGGUUCUGAUCAACUCCUUCGUGUCCACUCCUUACCUGGACGCCUGGUUCCUGCUAUUCUGUCGGAUCUGCAUCUACGCCAACAGCGCCAUCAACCCAGUGAUCUACAACGCCAUGUCGCAGAAGUUCCGCUCGGCGUUCCGGGGCCUCUACCGCUGCCAGAGGCUGGAGGGGAACCAGAGGACGCUGUCGACCCUCCACACCGGCUUCGGCACCAUCCGGGACGUCCGCUGCACCCAGAACAAAAGCAACGGAACCGAGGAAAAGGUGAAGAGAACCGUCCUGACACCCGCCACCGAGAGGAAGGAAAACGGAGACGGUCACCAGGAGAUCAACGGAAAGAAAACUGAUCAUCCGGCUGAGAGCAUCCCGGCGCCCGGUGAAGAAAAGGUGGAUCGACCCAACGAUACUACGGUGAAUUUCGCAGACAGACUCGUAAGAAACGACCAACAGCAGGAAAGCGUGUGA